AUGAAAGAUCUCAAAGAAGGCAACAUUGACAUUGAACCUGAGGAAGCUGUAGCCGUUAAUGCUCGAUUCAUGCUCAGGACUAUGAUCUCAAAGUCCAUCUGUUUGAAGAAUCUAAUGACAGUGAUGAGAAGGAUCAAUCCAUCAAUAAUGUUGGUUUCUGAAGUAGAAGCCAAACACAACUCUCCUUCAUUCGUGAAUCGUUUCAUUGAGUCACUAUUCUACUAUACUGCUUUACUUGAUAGCAUUGCAGAAGGCAUGGCACAGGACAACAAGAACAGAAUGGAAAUCGAAUCAGUGAUAUAUUGUGAGGGAAUCCAUAGCAUUGUUGCAGCGGAAGGGUGUGAAAGGGUGACUAGAAAUGUGCCUAUUAGUGUGUGGAGAGCAUUUUUUGCCAGGUUUGGAUUGGUGGAAUUAGAACUUAGCACAGCAUCUGCAUAUCAAGCUUGCUUAAUUGUUGAUCUGUUUAAUUGUGGGAAAUCUUGCACUCUGGAUGCAAAUAGCAAGUGUCUAUUUGUAGGUUGGAAAGGAACUCCACUGUUUUCACUUUCUGCUUGGAAGUUCAACGGACAGAGAUCAAAAAGUUCUUUGUCCAUCUAA